GGAAGUGGUCUCGUGGUGUUCCUCGUUCACGUUCCCACGCUUUCUCGUGCCGAUCUUUUUUUUUUUUCGAGUGAUUUUCGAGUCGGUGAUCUGGCCUUCCCUUCCCACCUUCUUCGAAUGGUAUCGCGGAGGAGUUUUGAGGUAAUCGAUCGAGCGAGUGGGAAGAACUUUUGGAAUCAACGCGGCCAAGUUUAACGAGGGGGUUGUUAAAAUUGGAUCGUUCGGUUGUUGGUGGUGCAAGAGGGUGAAGCUCGAUGGUGUUUAAGGGGAGUGGACGGGAGUCGUGAGAUCGGGGAUUGUUCGUUAAAAUUUGCAGGAUCUCGGUAAAAGUAAUUACGUUGAAAGGGCGGGAUCACCGUGUCUCGAGAGGGGAUUGUUGCCUGGCUUCUUAAGGGAAGCUCGCAAAGGAUCGCGGGACAGCUUCUGGCUAGCUGACGUCAUCAAGGAACAAACAACCAGAUCGAAGAUCCGUGUGGCAAGGGAGAGAUAUUACAUCUUGAAAGGCUGGGGACAAAGGGCUGUCUAGAAGUCGACAGUCUAGAAGUUGGGGAGAAUCGGGAGAAAAGGGAUCCCCAUCGAUCUCGAGGAGGAGAAGGAGAGAAAGACGAAAACACGGAUUUCAACGGAGAGUAUUCGAAUUACUGUCGAAUCUGCUCGAUCUGGUUACUGUCGGCCCGAGUCUACUCGAGUAACCGUGAUCCUAUGUCCCGUCUGUCGUCCGAUCUUUAUUGAGGUUAUCGUUCAACACCCUUUGAUCGUUGCCAUUCGCUGUUAUAUUUGGAAAGUAACGCGCGCAAGCAUUUGUGAGCUCCUUACGGAGAGAGUUCUCGGGCAAGAUGAUAACAAAUGCCAGGAUCGCGAUCAACGUCCGGUUGCACCUGGUCGACUGAUCGUCAAAGACAAAUCGAGAAAGGGCGAGGGGAGGCUCUUUGCACCAGCGGGAUUGAAAAAACGAUGUACGAGAGGAGCAAGUGAGAAUUCCUUUUUUUGCGUGUUCCCCCCCUUUUUUUUCGGUGAUCUCUAUCAGAGAAGAUGUGCCUGCGACACUUGCUACUCUGCCUGCUGGGUGUCAUCGUCAUCGUGAACGAAUCCGAGGCCAGUUGGGACGAAUGGUGGACCUACGACGGAAUUUCAGGACCUGCGUUUUGGGGACUGAUAAACCCCCAAUGGUCUUUGUGCAGCAAAGGAAGGAGACAGAGCCCUAUCAACAUCGAGCCUGACAAGCUUCUCUUCGACCGCCACUUGAGACCCGUGUUGGUCGACAAACACAAGGUUUCCGGCCAUUUGUACAACACCGGCCAGUUCCUGGUGUUCAGAGCCGAUCGGGAGGCGAAGGUGCGGGUCAAUAUAACGGGUGGGCCGUUGGCUUAUCACUAUCAAUUCGAGGAGAUCUACAUACACUAUGGGAUGGAUAACGAUCAUGGAUCGGAGCAUCGCAUUAAUAACUACGCUUUCCCCGCCGAGAUACAAGUGUACGGGUACAACGCGGAAUUGUACCACAAUAUGAGCGAGGCGCAGCACAAGAGUCAGGGGCUGGUGGCGAUCUCGUUGAUGGUGCAGCUUGGAGAGACGUUAAAUCCUGAACUGCAGAUCAUAACCAGCGUGUUCAACAAAGUUAUAUAUCGAGGCGAUGCUGCGCCCGUACGUCACCUGUCUUUGAAGAGCCUCCUUCCAGACACGAACGGUUACAUGACUUACGAGGGCAGCACGACUCACCCCGGUUGUUGGGAGACGGCGGUAUGGCUGAUCCUCAACAAACCUAUUUACGUAACAGCGCGAGAGCUUUACGCACUAAGGAAACUAAUGCAGGGGCCGCCGACCACCCCGAAAGCGCCCCUGGGAAACAAUUCGAGGCCGUUACAGGAUCUUCAUUACAGGACUAUACGGACGAACAUCGAUUUUCGCAAGAGACCAGAUGCGAAGUGUCCAUCGAUGGCCCAGGACAUGCACUAUAGAGAUGACUUUUUCUUUCCAGCGAACACGUGGCAGGACGAUGGCUCCCUCUCGCACAACGUCGUCUGAAUCGCGGCCUCCAACGCAAGACCAGAGACAUUUUCGGCUUUCAACGCGACAGGUUCACGCGGAUAUUUUCCUAAAACCGUUGUGCAUAAGCUUGACAUGGUCACGACAAAACUUCAGGGGACUCGAUUCGUCCAAUUGCAGACAAUUCCAUCGAUCUU